AUGGCCAGUGGCGGAGCCAGGAUUUAUACUCUUAACACGAAAGCAUAUUUCAGAAUGCGCUCUGACAAGAAUUUUAUAUCUACCUCAAUUCAUUUGCGAAAAGGGCGGGGGCGCAGCCCUUUUGUGUGGCGGGCGCAGCUGUUUGUGCCUGCUGGAAGGUGGUUGACUGGGAGUUUUGGUCUAAUCAACCAUCUCACACUCUCACUGGACAAGGACGCAGUAAUUCUUGGAUCACCAGACUCCUCUGACUGGCCAGUUAUUGAUGCUCUUCCAUCCUAUGGGCGUGGUAGAGAACUCCCCGGUAAAAGACAUCAAAGUUUAAUAUUUGGAUCCAAUCUUACUGAUGUGAUAAUAACUGGUGCCAAUGGCACCAUCGAUGGCCAAGGUGCAGUUUGGUGGGACUGGUUUCACAAUCACACAUUAAAUUAUACUAGACCACCGCUUGUUGAACUGAUGUACUCUACCAGAGUUGUUAUUUCCAACCUAACCUUUGUAAAUUCGCCAUUUUGGAAUGUCCAUCCUGUAUACUGCAGCCAAGUCCUGGUCCAGCAUCUCACGAUCCUAGCACCUAUCAGUUCACCAAAUACCGACGGCAUUGAUCCAGACUCAUCUACAAAUGUCUGCAUUGAAGAUUGUUACAUCAGAAAUGGCGAUGACAUUGUUGUCAUCAAGAGUGGGUGGGAUGAGUAUGGCAUCUCUUUUGCUCAUCCUAGCUCCAACAUUAGCAUCCGCAACAUCACAGGACAGACAAGGAACAGCGCUGGACUCGCCUUUGGAAGCGAGAUGUCAGGUGGUAUAUCAGACGUUCGAGCAGAGGGCAUCCGGAUCGUCAACUCGGUGCAUGGAAUCAGAAUCAAGACAGCCCCAGGGCGCGGAGGAUACGUGAAGAACGUGUAUGUAGCUGAUGUGAGCUUUGACAACGUUUCCAUAGCCAUCAGGAUCACUGGAAACUAUGGUGAACACCCCGAUGAUAGCUACAACAAGAGUGCGCUUCCGACCAUAAGCAACAUAACUAUCAAGGAUGUUGUGGGUGUCAACAUUGGCGUUGCAGGAAUGUUGCAGGGCAUCCCAGGGGAUAACUUCAGCAAUAUUUGCUUAUCAAAUGUGUCUCUCAGUGUCAGAUCUACAGAUCCAUGGAACUGUUCACUCGUCGAAGGGUAUUCGAACUCUGUGUCACCAGAGGUAUGCGAGCAACUAAGAAGCACUCCAGGGCCCGGACAAAUAUGCUAUGGCAGUAAUUAUCCAGCCGCUGCAGCACAGCCACAGCCACAGCCACAGCCGCUGCAGAAGUCAAGUGCUAGCCGGCUGGUAAAUCCUUUCCUUUCGAUAAGUUGGUUUCUAUGUAGGUAA